AUGGCGGCCUCUUCCUCUAAGGGGGCGGCUCUGGAUGACCUCCUGAAACACUUGGUCAUGCGCGAUGAUGAGAAGGAGGACGUGAUGAUUGCGGCUGAGCAGGUUAAGGAGUUCAAGAAAGAGGCGCGGUGGAUGGCCAUCGCAAAAGUGCAUACGACGAGAUUGUUCAGUGCCGAGGCCUUGUUCGGCAAGAUGAAAGCCAUCUGGAAUUUGUCCAGAGAGCCAAACUGUCGAGAGGCUAGGGAGAACUUGUUCAUCUUUCAUAUGCACUGUCUCGGCGACUGGAAGAAGGUGGUUCAUCAAGGUCCAUGGACGUUCCGUGGUUGGGCGGUGCUCAUCGAGGAUUAUGAUGGGUGUGUGGAUCCGGAGAGAGUAGCCUUCGGUGGUAUGUAUACCUGGGCGCAGAUUCAUGGCUUACCUGAACUAUAUAGGAAAAUCUCCAUUGUUGAUAAUCUGUCGAGGAAAAUUGGUAAAACAAAGGAGGUGCAGAUGUCCCCUAAGAUGUUGUUCGAAGGAAAUUAUGUCCGUCUAAGGGUUCUGAUUGAAGUGGAGAAGCCGUUGUCCAGGUUUGUGUUCCUGAAUAUUGAAGGGGAGGGAAGGAAGAUGUUGUUCAUCAAGUAUGAAAAGUUACCGUACUUUUGCCGUCAAUGCGGUCUUAUUGGACAUGAUCAUGAGGAGUGCGGGGACGGCGAUUGGGAAGAGAAGUAUCUCCAGUACGGUACAUGGAUGCUGGCCUCUCGGCGCACCUCGGUCACACAACCUGAUUCAAGGUGCCCUAUUAUCCGUGAGCGCGGCCGUGACCGCGGCUGA